UGUGUUGCCAGUCAUGUCACAGAAAAAAUGAUCAGGGCUUCCACAAAAGAGCAACUGUAUCCUAUCACAUCCUCUGGCAUACUGAAUAUUCAUGAAUGGAAAGGAGGCAAUCAGAUGAGAUGGGCUAUUGUGAGUGAUGAUGAAUAAUAGUGUAUGAAGCGCUGUCUAUUAUUCGAAGAUGCGUCUGCUUAGCGUACACACAACCUUUUCUGUUCGUGACGUCUGACCUACUAAGGAAGAAGUAAGCAGCUAUCUCUACCUCGAUUUCCUUUUUUACGGAAUAGUCUGCAAACGCAGUAAUUGGUCACUGGCGUCCACCCAUUCGAAACUGCAAUGACAAAUGUAUCAAAUCGUACAAAUGCAGCAUUAUAGGUGUUCUCGUUACUCAUGAAUUUACGUCCACCCAGGCAUAUUUUUGAGGAUGGCAACGAGGUGUUGGGCGUUUGGCACACAAUGUGUUGCCAAGAGUGACCACAGCAAGCCCAAAGCUGGUGAACUGGCCUAUCGCAAAGGAGACAUCCUCACUAUUGUGAAAACAGAAACGGGCAAAGAACGUUACAAGGCUAGACACAACACAACAGGAGAGGAAGGACUCAUCUCAGCCACCAACAUGAGAGAGCGAGAGGCCAUUCGCGUCGACCUCAGUCUUAUGCCCUGGUUCCAUGGGAAGAUCUCGGGUCCCGAGGCGGUGUCCAAGCUGCGGCCUGUAGAGGAUGGCCUGUUCCUGGUGCGGGAGUCCAUCCGCCACCCUGGUGACUAUGUGCUCUGUGUCGGCUACUCCAGCGAGGUCAUCCACUACCGAGUCAUGUACCAGCACAGCAAACUGACCAUCGACAACAACCAGUACUUCUACAACCUCAUAGACAUGAUAGAGUUCCACUCCAAGCACAAGGGAGCUAUCGCCACCAAACUUCUGAAGCCCAAAGAUAAAGAGGGUACCAAGUCAGCUGAGUUGGAGCUGUCUAAAAGUAUCUCUGUGUGUGUCACAGUGGGAUGGCUGCUGGACAUUAGGAAGCUGACCUUGGGAGAGAGUAUCGGAGAGGGGGAGUUUGGAGUGGUGUAUGAAGGAGACUACAUUGGCCAGAAGGUGGCAGUAAAGAACAUUAAAUGUGAUGUAACGGCACAGGCAUUCUUAGAAGAGACCACUGUUAUGACUUUUUCAUCUGAUUCCGAACUCUCCACUAGGAAACUGCAGCAUAAGAACCUGGUGCGGUUGUUGGGGGUGAUCGUAGACAAUGGACUGCACAUCGUCACAGAGCUCAUGGCCAAGGGUAAUCUGGUAAACUUCCUCCGGACGAGGGGCCGUUCUGUCAUUAGCACUGGCCAGCUAAUACGUUUUGCACUAGAUGUGUGUGAGGGUAUGGAGUACCUGGAGUCUAAGAGGUUGGUUCACAGAGACCUAGCGGCCCGUAACAUCUUGGUCUCCAACGAAGGCGUGGCCAAAGUCAGUGACUUUGGGUUGACCAAGGUGGACUCCAAGGCCUCAGACAACGCUAAACUACCAGUCAAAUGGACAGCCCCUGAGGCCCUAAAGAAAGCGAAAUUCUCCACACGGUCAGACAUAUGGAGCUAUGGUGUUCUCCUCUGGGAGACGUUCUCCUACGGUCGACAGCCCUACCCCAAGAUGUCUGUGAAGGAGGUGAAAGAGCGGGUGGAGCAGGGUUACCGUAUGGAGGCUCCAGAGGAGUGUCCCCCCAGUGUCUACACCCUGAUGAGGGGCUGCUGGGAGGCCGAGCCCAGGAAAAGGCCCUCCUUCUGUAAACUACAGGAGAAGAUUGAGAGAGAGCUGGCCAAACACAGCCCUGGGCCUGCCUGCUGAGGUCACCUCAAUAAUUUGUUAAUUUCCUUACUUUUUAACUGCAUUGUUGGGAAAGAUCUCAUAAGUAAGCAUUUCAUGGUAAAGUCUACACUUGUUGUAUUCGGUGCAUGUGACAAAUAAAAUUUGUUUUGACAU